AUUGAAAUAACUUCAACUAAGAACACUCAAAAGUAGUGGAUGUAAUAAAUAAAUAAAUAAGUAAAUAAAUAAAUACCAUAAUACUCUAAUAUAUUCUAAUGCAGUACACUACUAUAUAUUUAUGAUACAUAACAACCAAAGGAAAAACAAAACUCGGACCAUUAUCAAUGUCUUCUUCACAUUCCAAAUUCUUCUCGUCGUUAAAACAGGUUGAAAAAAGGUUAAAAUUAGAGAGCACAUCAACAAAAACAACGGAAUCAUCACAAGUAGAAGAAAGCAGCAAUUUUUCAUCAAGUUUGGGUUCACCCUUGUUCCUCCAACAAAUUUGCAGCCAAACAUGUCCCACCCAAGAAAGCAGUGAACCACCUCAACAAUUCGUCUCAAUUUCUCAAGGGUUCUCACUCACCCAUCAACAAUAUCCUGCUCAAACUACUCCUUCAAAUGAAGCUCAAGAUGUUGAUGAAAUUGAGUGGUUAAUGAAGCUUUUAGGAAUGUCAGAGGAACAAAGGGAUGGUUUUGAUUUUGAGGGUGAUGAAGAUUGUGAUUCUUGUCACUGUGAAGGUGGGUUUUAUUCAAAGAUUGUUGGUGUAGAAGGGCCAAAGUGUAAAAAGGAGGUGUUGAGGUUAAAUGGGUGGAUUCAGCAUUUUCUAAAUGGUGAUGGUGAUGGUGUUAUUCGUGUGGAGAAGAAAGAGCCUUUGAGAUUGGCACACUUGCUUUUAGGGAAAGCUGUUUUUGUUUCUGAGAGUGCUGAUUCUGGUUUUGGAGGCUUGGUGUUCCCUUCAACUAUUCAAGAAUUUCUUCAUAAUGAUCCUCCUAGUAAUUGAAGCAUUAUUUUAUGAUAUUCUUCUUUGUAGCUUCUUUUUGUAUGCAAAUGCAAUCAAUUUGUAAUCUGUCCAUUUUAUAUAAUUCUGGAAUUGGAACUUUGGUUACUGUGAUGACUA